AUGUUCAGAAAUACAAAGUUGCAACUGCUUGCGACGGGCGCGGUUUUAAUCGCCACCGUCUCAGCAAUUUGCCCUGUCGAAGGACCUCUCCUCGCACGCCCAACGAACCUUUCAAAAUCCAUUCCCGUGAGUGCAGCAACUCGAAACCUUACCAAAGUUCUCCAAUCCGCCUUGAACGGGACGAUCAACCCAGGCUUUAAUACUGCAAAUACCUCGUUCUCCGUCGGUAUCGUAUCACUAGAUUCGCCGUCGCCAAUAUGGGAAUUUCAUCAUCGGGGAACCGCCAAUGUCAAUGGCACAUCGAAGGUCGACGCCGAUACGCAGUACUUAGUUGGCUCUAUUUCGAAGAUGAUUUCGAAUCUUAUGAUAUUGAGAACGGGGGUUGAUACGGAGGCAAAGAUCACGGAAUUUGUACCGGAGCUGAAAGGGAAGAGUGCGAUUGACUGGGAGAGUAUUACAUUUGAAGCCCUGGGAGCACAUUUGAGUGGCAUCCCACCUAACUCUGGAUUUUCAGAGUUCUAUUACUUGCUUCCGGUUUUAGAGCAACUAGGCUUCCCGCCACUAACUAAAGACGAUUUCCCAGAUUGCGGUGUUACUGCCUUAAAUACAGCAUGCUCUAAAGAACAGCUUUUGCAAAAUGUCCUCAACUACGAGCCAAUCGCACCGCCUUUCCAGCGCCCUGUCUACUCUUCAUUCUCGCUCUCGUUACUCGCGUAUGCGCUUCAGAAUAUUACCGGUAAUAACUAUACCGAGCUACUUAAUGAGUAUGUGAUAAACCCUCUGGGGUUGGUAAAUACCGGCGCUUCACCUGGAAACACCUCGCGCGCUGCCAUCCCACCCAUUGAUAGUAGCUGGGGGGGCGACUAUCUAGAUAAUACACCUGGCGGCGGACUUUUCUCAUCCCUCUCCGACCUCUCAAUCAUCGCCCAGAGAACCCUCAACAAAAGCAUCCUCUCCACCCCCGCAGAAGUCCGAAAAUGGCUCAAGCCAUCAUCCUUUACCUCCUCGCUAAACUCACUUGUAGGAAUGCCAUGGGAGAUCUUCCGCUCCACGAAUCUCACACCUUCUCACCCACACACUAUCGACAUAUACUCCAAAUCCGGCGGUGCCUUUGGAUACACGUCUCAAAUUUCACUAGUCGAUCAAUAUGGAAUCGGGAUCAUUGUUCUAACCGCCGGACCUGCCGAUGCCCAACCCAUCUUAUCGGACCUGCUUGCUGCGAUGAUCUUGCCCGCAGCCGAAGACGAAGCAAGAACUCAGUCAGCUAAGUAUACGAACCAUCUCACAGCAAUAGACAAAACGAACGUUACCAUCGAGAUGGAUUUAGAACUAGAUUCCGGCCCCGGCCUGAAGCUCAAAAACUUCACAAGGAACGGGACCUCAUUACUCGACAGCCUUGAAAAGUUCUGGUCAAUAGCUAUGGUGCAAUUCGGGCCUCUAGAUCCGGAUAUCCGAGUUCAUCCUGCGGAUAUCUCGAACCCUGCUAUGAUGCCCAAUCCAUCUAACUCCAGUACAGAGAUUGAGGUCAUCAAAGAAGAAUGGCUCAUCACGUUUUCGACGCAGCCGAACACGGCAGCGAGAAUUGGGAGCGAGUUACCUGGCCAGGGCGCCAUGAAGGAUUGGUGUACUAGCUGGCAGCUUGCAGGCUGGAUUAAUUGGGGUGGAGAGCCAAUUGACCGGUGUUCAAGUCCCGUUUUUGAGGGCGACGUUAAAGCCAUCAACGAGUUAAAAUUGGAGACGGGGGUGAUAGAGGAGGAAUUUUGA